AUGUCUGAAGGAGUUACCGGAAAAGAGGUCGGGCUACACAGAGUAACAGCCCCCUCUAUUCUGGAGGAGGCAUGCAUUGGGCGGAUGGAGACUCUGGCUCGGAAGCUCUGCGAGGCGGUGGAUAAUGAGGACGCUCAAGAGGUAAAAGCUCUCUUGCAACGUGGUGCUGAUCCAAACUUGGUUUUGCCCAAUGGUGUUGCUGCCAUUCACCUUGCCUCAGGGAGGGAGAGUGAGAGUGCCCUUCGAUGUCUGGCAUUGAUACUGCAAGAUGGAGGUGAUCCCAAUGUCCGAUCCAUAGAGGAGUUGACUCCUGUACAUGUAGCUGCAUCCUGGGGCUGUUGUAAGGCUCUACUCGCCUUGCUCCGGAAAGGUGGGGACCCUACUUUGCUGGAUCAGGAUGGAAACAGUGCUUCGGACCUGGCAUUGAUGGAAGAGAAUCGCAGGUGUGUUGUGACUAUUCUAGAAUAUAUGGAGAGGAGCACAGAUUGUUCAGAACAGAAUCCCGGAUAUCGUAAGGACAACUUAUCUGUGUCUGAUGGCAUCACUCAGAUAAGCAACAUAUCUCUUCUCCUUGAGUCUUCCUAUGACAGUUCUCCUUUAAACAGUACCAGGAUGUCCCCUUUAACACUUUUUACAAAAGGUCUGGAUAAUGCAAUAAUCCGAAGUCAGGUGGAUCUUCCAGGCUUGGAUGCAGAUGGUGAUUUUAAAAACAAAGCGACUCCUGAGCUGGCUAAUGAGAGAAACCAAAUUGACAAUAGUCACAAAGUUCUUCCAUAUUUUAAGCCAAGAAAAAAGUCAUCUGAUUGUGCUCUGAGAAGUGUAGCACAGUUUGAUACAGAGCCACAACCGGAUACAUCAGUUAAUGGACAGAUUUUCAGGGAUAACCAAAUGCAGUAUGCAAAAAGAGAUGAUUAUACUAAAAAGAAAGCCCAGAUGGAAUUGUCUGUUAAAAGUAAAUUGAACCGUAAAAGAGAUGUUAUUGUGGACAGACCGUCUAGUAGCAAAAUUAAUGAUAACACAAUCUCAUGGAAAAUGACAGGAAUGGAUGUCACAUCUCCAGAUCACAUAUUUGCAUAUAGCAAAGAAACUACAAAGGAUAAUGAUCUGGAAGAGACCUUGGUUAUUCCAGGUCAAAAUGGGGGUGACUACAUAGGAGACCAGGAUGCAGACUCUAGUAGCAAGUAUAAUAGCUGUCAGAGUGACCAUUAUUCUAUCUGUGAGGAAAACUACGUUGGCAUAGAUGCUCGGUCCUCUUCGGGAACAAAGUCUUGCAAUCCACAACUGUCAGUGCUACAAAUGACUGCAUCUUUGCCAAAAAGUAGCUUGGACAAUAGGAGCAACGUGAUUUCUUGUUCACAAACGUUCAACAAUCACACAAAUGGAGGAAGUCCUACACAGAAUGUUUUAUGUAAAAACCAAACUCUGCUAGCUGAACAGUCUCAAGAAGCUAAAGAGAUGGUUCUUAAUGGUCAAUCUUCCACUUUAUUAGUAGUUAGCGGUAGUGAUGAUGCAAGCCCUAAACGUGAUGCUAUGCCAAGUAAAAGCCAAAUUCAGCUGAAUGAGAGGUCUCUGAGAGACACAGAGGUGCUGUGCAAUGACCAGUCUUCAACCUUUUUAAUAGUGAGAAGUGAUGAUGCCUGCCCUAAAAGUGGCCACCAAGAUCUGAAAAAUCAAUUAAGACACUUAAUGCUGUUAACCAAAGCCUGUGCAUCAAACCUUUCACAGCACAAUACACCAGCUUUGCAAGACCAUGCCGAAAUGUCAGAUGUAUCUACCUCCGAUACUCUUCCAGUUAAUCACCAAGAAAACCCUCAAGGUGAUGAAAGAAGGAUUAUUAAUGACCAACUUAAAGCAAUGAUGUUUUCGACCAGGUCACAAACAAGAACUAUUGACUCUGCUAUCCCAAAAACUUUAGCAGUGGAGCCAGACACACAUGUUGUAAAAGAAAAAAAGGAUGAGGAACUGAGUGCAGAGCUAAGGAAAAUGAUGAUAUCCACAAAGUCUUUUCCAUCCACGUCAAUGAAAGAUGAAGUGAAAGGACCUAGCUUGUAUAACAACUAUAAAAAAAGCAAUUUUAAUUCAUCCAAUUCUCACCACAGUAAUUCUUCCCUUUUUCACGAAACUGUUGAAAUGCCCCAACGGGGAAGGAGAGUCAGAAGCCCUGGUAGUAGAGCGCAAUCUCCUCCUUCAAAUUUGGAUACGUUCACAAAAAAAAAUAUUCCAGUUAAUAUAGUUUCCCAACAAAUGGAAAACGUGGGUACAUGUGAAUUAAAAGUACCAGAUGUUCAAUUGGCAGACUCCACAGUUCAAAGGCAAACCUUUGUCAAUGCAUUUAGGAAUCCUGAUGUUACUGUAAAUAUCAGUGACUUUUUAACAGAUGAUUUGUCUUCAACUGAUUCGGAACCAGUGAAAUCUGAUCCACAUGUCCGUGAUUCCACAAGAAUCCCUGUGAUAGAACAUACUGGAAAUACAUGGUUAACUGAAGAUGGUGAAGAGGAAAGCAGUGGAGAUGUUGACCAAGGUAGCACAGUUAAUCCACUCCCAUCCACUCAUUGUGGACAACUUUUUCCUGGAACAGAGUACAGUGGCUCUUUGGUACAUAGCACACUGUUGGAAGAUCUAGCAGUGAACUCUGUGCGUAAAUUUAAUGAACCACGAUACAGUUUCAGUAGGUUAUCCUGUAUUACUAAGGAAGGAAUAAACGAAUGCCAGCUAAGUACUGUCAUUGACUGUAAUGCCCGAACUGUGCCUUUAUCACCAGGCGGCCGGCCAGUAAAUGAAAGUAAGUUCGAAUCAGUGGAAUAUUUAUACGAAGACGGUGAUAAGGGGCACACCCUCAUAGAGAGGCAUAUACCAUGUACAGACACGUCCUCUAACAACACAACUGAGAACUCAGAUGAUACUAUACUUUAUGAUUGGACGGACUAUAAAAGCAAUAGGCAAGCAGUAAGCAAGAUACCCACUAACAGGGUGGCAGUGGAGCUUUAUAGGCUCUCCAACAGUGAGCUUACAAGAAGACUUUUGGAAGCUGGAGAAGAUCGCCUUGGACCAGUGACAAGCCAAAACCGGAAAAUGUAUAUCAAGCUUUUAGACAAAUGUUUAAAGGAACAGCAAAGCAAAGGCUCCAGUGGAUCCACAGGAUACAGCCCUGAGCUCUCUCUUGUCCUUCGAACUUUCAAUAUUCCAGACUGCAACUGCGAUGAAGCAACACUUGCCUUGGAGUUUGAUCAGCCAGAUAAGACCCGGAAAUGGAGAGAGGGGGUCCUGAAAUCGAGCUUCAACUAUUUGCUGCUGGAUCCUAGAGUGACACGCAACCUUCCGUCCCGCUGCCAAAAUGUGUCCCAGAAUGAAUGCUUCCGCACUUUUGUAAGUUCUGUGUUUUACGUGGGCAAAGGAAAAAGGUCACGUCCCUACUCUCACCUCUACGAAGCUUUAACUCAUUACAAGGGCAGGAACAAACAGAUGUGUGCCAAGGUGCAACACAUUUUGGACAUCUGGAAAAGUGGUCAAGGUGUGAUAUCUUUACACUGCUUCCAGAACACCAUCCCUGUAGAGGCAUACACACGAGAGGCCUGCAUGGUAGAUGCCAUUGGUUUAAAGAUGCUAACCAAUCAGAAGAAAGGAGUAUAUUAUGGGCAGUUACAGAACUGGAAACCUGCUCGCCGAAGGAAUCUCGGGGUACACAUGCUGUACAGAGCACUACAAAUCUUCCUGGCUGAGGGUGAACGUCAGCUGCGUCCCCCAGAUAUACACUCAGGAAAGUAACUGCAAAAGGAAAGCUGAUUGCUGGAAGGAGUAUACAGUAAUUUAUUGUUAGGUCAUCACAACAUUGUAAUUACCGGUAUAUAGGUACUUCUUUUUUUCCCUUUGAAGAAGCCUUGCACUUAGACAUUGUCUACAUUACCUCAUUACCUGCAUCACAGGUGUAAGUAUUGUUAAUUAUGCAGGUGUGUAGUAUGAUUCUGACUUACAAUAUUACAUAUGCAGAGUUUACUAGCAAUAAUUUUCAUACAUGAAAAUGUCCAAAAGAGCAGUGACUGAUCCAUGCUUGAUCAAGUAUUUCAAUCAAUUUGUUCUGCUCCAAAUGAAUUGACCGUGUUUGAUGGCAUUAGCUUUAUGUACAAGUCUUUAUUGUGAUAUUUGCUCACUGACUAAUUCUUUAAUUAUAGUAACUUGAAAUUUGCAAUAAUGCUUUAUUAAACAUGUCCUUGAGUCCGAGGCAAUGGCAAAUUCAAUUCGGCUUCAACAAACAAUCUACUGACACUUUACCUAGGACCUGAUGAAUAUGAAAUGACUCUAUACUAAACGGAAUGGACCUAAUGAAAUUGCUUGUACACCCUUUUGGAGUCCUGACUCAGGAUCAAGAGCCACUGCUAUAAAUGUUUACUAGACAUUUGAUAUUUUUUGUAAGACUGAUCCUUGUACCAGUCACUUACUAUAAAUCCCAUUUUAUCGCAUAAAUGUUACAAACUGGGGUUAAUUCCAACAGAAUUUGAGUUCUGCUGAACCCAAACAAUUUUUUUUAAACUCCGUACCACGUU